UAGAAACGGGUCUCUAGUUUUAACAGAAAUACAUUAAUCAACAAACCUUGUGAGAGAUAGAGAGAGAUAAAAAGGCCGAUCGAAAUCAGUAUUUGUUUUAAAAAGUUAAUUUUGCAAGAGAGACGGAUACCUGUUUUGUGAAUUGAUAUUCUUCAACUUUCGAUUCAAGAACAUCAUUUUAAUUAGCCUACAAGACAGGAUUUAUUUAGGUUACAAUGGGUUUAUUUUUAUCGAAGAUUAUUGAAGCUUUAACAGCUUUUAGCGGUAGUGAUCCAUCCCGGAUAUUAAUGUUAGGAUUAGAUGCUGCUGGUAAAACGACGGUAUUAUAUAAGUUAAAGUUAAAUGAGACAGUAUGUACAAUACCUACUAUAGGAUUUAAUGUCGAAACUGUCUCACCUGUUAAAGGUGUUACAUUCACAGUGUGGGAUGUUGGAGGACAAGAAAAAAUUAGAACUUUAUGGAGACAUUAUUACCAGAACGCACAAGGUUUGGUAUAUGUUGUUGAUAGUGCUGAUGUUACCAGAAUGGCCGAAGCUAAAGAAGAAUUACAUGCUAUAUGUAAAGAUAUCCAAAUGGAAGGUGUACCUGUUGUCAUUGUAGCCAAUAAACAGGAUUUACCUGGAGCGUUAAAAACAUCUGAAAUAGCUGAUCAAUUAGAUAUGAUGUCAUUCCGAGAUAGAAAAUGGUACGUUCAAGGAGCUUGUGCUAAAACUGGAGAAGGAAUCUAUGAAGCGAUGACUGAAAUGGCCAGAUUAACAAAAUUAUUCCAGAGUAAAAGAUGAGGGAAAUUUCAAAAUAAUGAUUUGUGUGUGUAUUAAAAACAAUGGAUGAACAAACUAGUGUAUAUAUACACAUAUCAGUUCUAUUGUUUCAACACUUACAAUCUGAUUAAAAG